GCCUCAGUGCGUUCAUCACGUCCUGCAGAGCAAGCCACAGCUCAAAUAGCCUCGCUAUUUACAGCAUGCUGAUACGAGCACAUUCACUCGGCGUUCCUAAAUUUUGGACCGCUAUGUUUUUUGUCAUGCACGCUUUUUGCCUAAACGCGCUUCUAGUGCACGGAAUCGGCGAGAAUGAGAUAAGAGGAACUGGUCUUAUCUCAAGCCCAGCUGUGAAUCUCGGCCCUGCCAACAAGCCCUGCAAAAUUUCCUACAUUACAGUCCAACCUAAUGCCUCUGUGGUGAAAAACUGCACAUGCGCAGAGAGAGCCGGAGACGUGCACAUAAACGACGUUUCCCGGCCGAGUAAUCCCAGCGGCGGUGCCCACAGUUUAACCCCUAGGCCAAGCGAUUGGGUGGAAGGAAAUGGCAUCAUACCGAACGGACAAUUAUGCAUGCUUUCAGUACGUGAUGUCGAUAAAGGAAGAGAGAUAGUCGCUGGCGCCUGCGACAACGGCAUAUGCGUCAACAAAACCACAACGACUGUUCGUGUCCCAAUCCCGCCGCUAGAGGCCGAUCCUUAUGCCUAUCACUGCAAGGGGCCUACGCUUGCGAUAAAUUCAAAGCUGAAUGUAUCAGCUGACUGCACCGCAACAUGUUACAACCUAACCACGAACACCUGGGUCGGUGCACGUCUGAGUGAUGGAAGAUUGUGUGCUCUGGUCUCCAAUCUAAACAAAGACGGAGAAUACGUCAAGAGAACUGGGGUUUGUAUCAACGGAUCGUGUGUUCCUGCAGAUAUGAGACCAUUAAGUCCACCUGACGACUGUCCGGCGACGUAUGUGAAGAGAAAUGGCAUUUCGCUGGCUCAAAACUGCACCAUAUUCUGCAAAACCACCCAAACGAAGAAAAGGCUGCGAAGAGGCACAAGGUGUUGGCUUAAUUAUCGACGAAGAGUCAGCGUUCCCGGCGUUGACAACGUAAUUCUCGAUGGCAUUUGUAAGCAUGGAAUCUGCAUCAUAAUUCCUCCUGCCAUUCCUACGGUUAUGGUACAUGUCCCGGAAGAAAAGUGUGACCAUUUAUUGGCCUCGGUGAACUACACGAAAAAGGUUGCAUCCACGUGCAACGCAAAGUGCCCAGGUCGUCAACCAGAAUACCAAGCCCUUCGCAACGGCACCUCUUGUGCUCUGAAAAGGUCAUGGGGAUGGUACAAACGAGUUACAGAAGUCGGCGAGUGCCAGGCAGGCAACUGUGUGAAGGAAGAUCGCAAAGAAUUUCCGCCACCUCAUCAUCAGAAGAGCAGUUCAGCACACGUGUGCAGAACCGAUAAUUACGUGCAUGUAAAGCCUGGCCAGAUUACUGUAGUCACGUCUUGCCAAGUUGAAUGCAGCUACAGCGUGUUCGAGAGGCGCAGCUACGGAGUCGGUUGCCUGCUGGAGUACAGCGAAACCAAAAAAGGAGGCAAGGUGUACACGAUAGGAACGUGUUCGGGUGGCUUCUGCACUCUUGGUUAUAAUCCAAGAAACAUCACAACGACAGACUGAAUAAAGACAGCCACGAAGCAAAAUAAUAAAGGCAUACAACAUAACAGUCA